AUGGCGCUCUCCACCGAAGCACUCAUCUCCCUCUUUGGAGUCCUGGUAGCUAUCCCCUCUGCAGUUAUCAUCAUCGUGUCCGUUGUCAAGUCCUAUUUGAAGCGUCCAAACCCAGACCAUGAAUAUCUGGACGUCGAAGCAGAUGUCUCUGAUCUUCCACGAGUAUAUUUCAGAACAAGCACUCCUCGGUUGCCACCAAGUGAUCUCCGGCGGCGGCAGACUAGUUAG